AUGCGCGCGUGUAUGCCGUCGUACGAAGUCAUGCGCGUCCACGUCGCCGCCACAUCAUCGACGACGCCACGUCGAAACGUCGCUCGUCAUCGAUGCGUCCGCGCGCGCACCGCCGUGAAACCGCCGCCCAGCUCCGAGACGUACCGCGGCGCCCUGUUCCCGGGCGUCGAGGUCCCGGACUCACCCUUCGUGAAGUCUCUGGCCACCGUGUUCCCGUGGGGGAACGGGGCUCGGGUGACUGAGCGCGUGUUGAUGGACCUGCUCAAGCCCGAGGUCCGGGCGGCUCCGUUGUUCGUCCCGCUGUACGAUUACUACAGAGAGUACGGUGGAGUGUACAACUUGGGGGCCGGACCGAAGUGGUUCGUCGUCGUGAGCGAUCCGGUGGCGGUCAGGACGAUGUUCAAGGAUAAGGCGGAUGAUUUUUCAAAGGGAAUAUUGACGGAUAUCAUGGAGCCGAUCAUGGGCGACGGUUUGAUCCCAGCGAACAAGGAGACGUGGGCGAAGCGACGACCGGUGAUCGGCGCUGGGUUUCACGGGGCGUGGCUGAAGCACAUGUGCAAUCUAUUUGGCGCGUCGGCGAUGCGAUUGGCGGAAAAAUUAGACGUGGCGGCGGAGAAAGGGACGACAGUGGAGCUCGAGGGUGAGCUGUACGCGAUGGCGCUCGACGUCAUCGGCAAGGCGGUGUUCAACUAUGAAUUCGGCGCACUGAAACAGGAAACGCCCAUCAUCAAGGCGGUCUAUCGUGUCUUACGCGAGAGUGAGCAUCGCUCGACGUUUCCACUGCAGUACUGGCAGAUUCCGGGCGCGAUGGAUCUCGUUCCCAGGCAGAAGCAGUUCAAGGAGGAUAUGAAGAUGAUCAACGAGGAGCUCUCGACACUCAUCAAUAGCGCGAUCGAGUCGCGAAAUGAGACGGGAUUGGAGGAGAUGGAGCGACGUGACUAUUCCAACGUCGAGGAUGCGAGUUUACUUCGAUUUUUGGUGGACAUUCGCGGGGACGAGGCGACGAGCACGCAGCUGAGGGAUGAUUUGAUGACGAUGCUCAUCGCCGGUCACGAGACGACGGCGGCGGUGCUCACGUGGACGCUUUAUUUGCUCGCGCAGCACCCGGAGAUCAUGGAAGAGGCGGUGAAGGAGAUCGAGAUGUGCGUUGAGAACGCCGACGGUGUGCCGACGCCGGAGGAGGUACGGAAGCUCGAGAAAGUGCGCAUGAUCCUCGCAGAGGGCAUGCGCCUGUACCCGGCACCACCAAUUUUGAUUCGAAGAGCCAUCAAGGACGUCACCCUUCCUCGAGGAGGCAACGGCAAAGAGAUCACGCUGAAGGCUGGCACUGAUUGCUUCAUCGCGGUCUGGAACUUACAUCGCUCGCCCGAUCUUUGGGAAAAUCCUGAAAAAUUUGAUCCCAGCCGGUUCUCACGAAGGUUCACAAACGAGGCGAUCGAGGGGUGGGGCGGGUUGAAUCCAGAUUUGAUGACCGGUUUGUACCCCAACGAGCAGAGCACUGACUUUAGCUACGUCCCCUUUGGUGGUGGGCAGCGACGGUGCGCGGGAGAUCAGUUCGCAAUGCUCGAGGCGGUGACGUCGUUGAGCGUGUUGUUGAAAAAGUUCAAGUUUGAGCUCGACUGCCCUCCGAACGACGUCGAGAUGAUCACGGGCGCGACGAUUCACACCAAGAAGGGCCUGCCGAUGAAGAUUAAGCGACGCGAGUAG